GUCUCGUGAGUUGGCCGUGGGGACCGGGAAUGGAGGCGGGUCGCGGAACGUGGCGCUGGGAAAGGGGUAUCGAAAGUGAACUUCAGCCUCCGGGAAGUGGGAGCCGGAGGAGGGGGCGGCGGUUAGUGUCGCGCGGCUUCGGGGGUUCCCUCGUCCAUAAUGGUCGUCCCCGACUGUGGGGACGUUACACGAGAGAGGGUUAUGGGAGGACGGCGAGGCUGAAAGGUCAAUUCCGCAGGCACCUCUGGUGUGUCUUGAAGCAUAGCUCCAGCUGGAGGGUACCUUUUAAGCUGUUCAAGGUCAAGAUGAAUACAAACUCAAAGGAGGUUUUAUCCCUGGGUAUUCAAGUUCCUGAGGCAUGGGAAGAACUUCUGACAAUGAAAGUGGAAGCAAAAAGUCACUUCCAAAGGCAGGAAUCCAGGCUGAAACGCAGUAAUCCACUAGCAAGGGAAAUCUUCCGAAGGCACUUCCGACAGCUGUGUUACCAAGAGACCCCUGGACCAAGGGAGGCUCUUACCCGACUCCAGGAACUUUGCUACCAGUGGUUGAGGCCACAUGUGAGCACAAAGGAGCAGAUUUUGGAUCUGCUGGUGCUGGAGCAGUUUCUGUCCAUCCUGCCCAAGGAGCUCCAGGGCUGGGUGAGGGAACACUGUCCAGAGAGUGGAGAGGAGGCUGUGAUUUUGCUGGAGGACCUGGAGAGAGAGCUCGAUGAACCACAGCAUGAGAUGGUAGCCCACAGACACAGACAAGAAGUCCUCUCUAAAGAGAUGGUGCCUCUAGCAGAGCAGACGUUACUGAGCCUUCAGUCCCAGCCUAAGGAACCCCAGCUCACAUGUGACUCUGCUCAGAAGUGCAAUUCUAUUGGAGAGACAGAUGAGGUGACCAAGACUGAGGACAGAGAGUUGGUGCUAAGGAAAGACUGUCUUAAGAUAGUGGAACCACAUGGGAAAAUGUUUAAUGAGCAGACCUGGGAGGUAUCACAGCAGGAUCUCCCACAUAGACAAGUUGGUGAACAUAAGGAUAGGAUACAGAGGCAGUGGGGAAAUGUCUCAGGAGAGGGGCAGCACAAAUGUGAUAAAUGUGGGAAGAGCUUUACUCAGAGCUCAGGUCUCAUUCGACAUCAAAGAAUUCACACUGGAGAAAGACCUUAUGAAUGUAAUGUGUGUGGGAAAGCCUUCAGUCGGAGUUCUGGUCUUUUUAAUCACCGAGGAAUCCACAAUAUACAGAAACGGUACCACUGUAAGGAGUGUGGGAAGGCCUUCAGUCAGAGUGCAGGUCUCAUCCAGCAUCAGAGAAUCCACAAAGGAGAAAAGCCGUAUCAGUGCAACCAGUGCAAUAAGAGCUACGGUCGGCGUUCAUUUCUCAUUGAACAUCAGAGAAGCCACACGGGGGAGCGGCCUCACCAGUGCACUGAAUGCGGGAAAAGCUUUAAUCGACACUGCAACCUCAUUCGCCAUCAGAAGAUCCACACAGUGGCUGAGCUGGUCUAGGACUUGCUAUGAGCAAGUUUUCCAGAUCAGCAGCCAAGUCGUGUGGAGUAGGUUAAGGCUAGAAAAUGCCUCUCCUUUCCUUUCUCCUAUGGCCCUGGGACUUCCUAAAAGGAAAGUUGGGUGUUUGAAGCUACUGUUUUCCCUUUUGUUCAUUAUACCUCCUUAUUAUUAUGAGCUGUGUCCCUCUUAUUUUUUAUUAUUAUUUUUAAGAUGGCUGCGAAACCCUUCUAAUAAUGUAAUAAAUGGCCUGCUAGAGCUAACAUGCCUGAAA